AUGGUGUAUAGCGAAGCGGAUCGAGUGAACAAAUUCGAAGAAGCAUGCAAAAAUAAUGACUUGAUUGAGAUGGGAAAACUCAUGAUUGCAAGUCAUGAGAGUUGUAGCAAGGAUUAUGAAUGCAGCUGUGCUUCGAUGGACAUUCUGGUUGACGAGUGCCUUAACGCAGGCGCUCUAGGAGCACGCCUCACGGGUGCUGGAUGGGGAGGAUGUGCUGUUGCCCUCAUCGACAAUACCCAUCCGGUAGAUCUAGGCAAGAAAGUUCUGUUUCACAGUGAGCCUUCUGCAGGGAUUUCUGGGUCUUUCCUUUGA